AUGGCUCACCUAAUUCGACACAAGCUCAGCAACAAGCUGACCAAUGCGGCCCACACGGUGUCCAACAAAUCUCAGGCCAAGGUCAGCGGGGUGUUCGCCCGGCUGGGCUUCCAGGCCGCCACGGACGAGGAGGGUUUGGGUUUCGCUGAGUGCGACGACUUGGAUUAUGACUACAGGCAAGGGAUGCAGAUGGAUGUCCUUCAGGGAGACGAGGAAGGGGGAGACGUGGAGGGAGAAGGGGAGCUUGAUGGAGACAGCCACUACCAGAGGGACGGCACCGGUCCGAGGCCCUCGUCCCUGAAGACAGGAGGCUCCCUGGAUGAGGACAAACCCAAAAUCACGUCAUGGGAAGCGGGCUGGAACGUCACCAACGCCAUUCAGGGCAUGUUCGUCCUCGGUCUGCCGUACGCCAUCCUCCACGGCGGCUACCUCGGUCUCUUCCUCAUUAUCUUCGCGGCUGUGGUGUGCUGCUACACCGGAAAAAUCCUCAUCGCGUGUCUGUACGAGGAGAACGAGGACGGCAUAAAAGUGCGCGUGAGGGAGUCCUAUGUGGACAUCGCCAACGCCUGCUGCGCGCCCCGCUUCCCCGCACUGGGCGGUCACGUUGUGAACGUGGCUCAGAUCAUCGAGCUGGUCAUGACCUGUAUUCUUUACGUCGUGGUCAGCGGAAACCUGAUGUACAACAGUUUCCCGGGGUUCCCAGUCUCCCAGAAAGCCUGGUCCGUGGUGGCCACGGCCGCGCUCCUGCCGUGCGCCUUCCUGAAGAACCUCAAGGCCGUGUCCAAGUUCAGCUUCCUCUGCACCCUGGCUCACUUUGUCAUCAACAUCCUCGUGAUCGCCUACUGCCUCUCCAGGGCGCGCGAGUGGGCCUGGGAGAAGGUCAAGUUUUAUAUCGAUGUGAAGAAAUUCCCCAUCUCCAUCGGCAUCAUCGUGUUCAGCUACACCUCCCAGAUCUUCCUCCCGUCCCUGGAGGGAAACAUGCAGAAGCCCAGCGAGUUCCACUGCAUGAUGGACUGGAGUCACAUCUCUGCGUGCGUCCUCAAGGGCCUCUUCGCCCUGGUGGCCUACUUGACGUGGGCAGACGCCACCAAAGAGGUCAUCACGGAUAACCUGCCGUCAACCAUCCGGGCUGUGGUGAACAUCUUCCUCGUCGCUAAGGCGCUAUUAUCUUACCCGCUGCCGUUCUUUGCUGCAGUUGAGGUUCUGGAGAAAUCCUUGUUCCAGGAUGGCGGGAGAGCCAUGUUCCCAGACUGCUACGGCCCCGGUGGGCAGUUAAAAUCAUGGGGUCUGGGCCUCCGAGUUCUCCUGGUGGUCUUCACCUUGCUCAUGGCAGUGUUUGUCCCCCAUUUCGCCCUCCUUAUGGGUUUAACUGGGAGCCUCACCGGCGCCGGCCUGUGUUUCCUGUUGCCAAGCCUCUUCCACCUGAAGCUCCAGUGGAGGAAUCUCCUGUGGCACCACGUGUUCUUCGACGUUGCCAUUUUUGUUAUUGGGGGCAUUUGCGCCAUAUCUGGCUUCAUCCACUCAGUCGAAGGGCUCAUAGAGGCGUACAGGUACAAUAUCCACGACUGAGAGCUCCAGAGAUGGCCUUUAUUGAAUGGUGAUGUCCUAAAAAUGCCGAAAAUCUCCGGCAGGGUUGUCAUGACGCAGACCUUAUCAAAACAUCAUGUUGACCACUUGACAUAGGAGCUCAUGAGGAGGAUUAUUUGUGUGAAAUGUAACAUCUUUUUAUUUUGCCUUCGUGAUAAUGUGCAAUAAUAAACUCUACAAUCAUAGUGUAAAGUAGUCUUCUCAUUCCAGAAAACAUGUUUUAUUAACUGGACAGAGGGACACAACCUCCGCAUGAAGAGGGGGGUGAUUAUAUAUGCGGGCAUUAACAGGUCUGUCCAGGUAUCAAGUCUUCAUGCAAAAGUUGUCUAAGAUCCAGUAAAAAAAAAUGGGUCUAACUGUGAGUGUGUACGUGUUUAUAUCUGGGGAAUGAAAUAUGUGAAAAACAUUGGAGUGAAUAUGUUAUUACUGGUAUUUGAGCUGCUAGAUAUAUCAUUAAUCCCACUUCAGAGAAAAUAUAAGA